ACAUUCUCCUCAACCCUCCCGUGUGCAUCAUUUGACAAGCAAGGAAGAAAUCUCUCCCAGGAGAUUCCAAAUCACAUCCCCUCUCCCACUCUCCCCUCCCCUCCCUUCCCCAUUCACACCACUCCUACACUUCCCCCUUGGCCAUUGCCGUCCCAAACCCGAGCUCCAAAUGUCAAGAACUUGGGCGUCCCCGACUCCGUCGGCCCGCUCGCUCUGCCGCGUGCUGCCAUUCUCCCGCAUUGCUAUAAAAUCCACCGCAUCGACACUCUGACACCUCCCGUCCAGCGAAGAAACCAUGGCCGGAGCCCCCAAAUCCAGCCGCAUUAUGUUCCUCCUCCCCCUCCUGCUGCUCGGGGCCACGGCCUCUCCCCUCCCUCUGCUCAACUCCUCCGUGGCCAACCCCGACGCCGUCGUCGCCGACUUCCACAGGGAGGUUGCGAGGUCGCGGCGGCGGAUGCAGGAGGCAGGCGGCGGGUGCAUGACGGGUAACCCAAUCGACGACUGCUGGCGGUGCGCGGGGACAAACUGGUGGGAGGACCGCCAGCGUCUAGCGGACUGCGGCAUCGGGUUCGGGCGCAACGCGCUGGGCGGCAAGGGCGGGCCGUACUACGUGGUGACGGACCCGUCGGACCGGGACCCGGUGAACCCGUCGCCGGGGACGCUCCGUCACGCCGCGAUCCAGGAAGGCCCGCUCUGGAUCACGUUCGCCCGCGACAUGACCAUCCGGCUGAACGAGGAGCUGCUGGUGAACAGCUACAAGACGCUGGACGGGCGCGGCGCGAGCGUGCACGUCGCCGGCGGCGCGUGCAUCACGCUGCAGUACGUGUCCAACGUGAUCAUCCACAACCUGCACGUGCACGACUGCGUGCCGGCCGGGAACGCGAACGUGCGGUCGUCGCCGACGCACGCCGGGUGGCGGACGCGGUCGGACGGCGACGGCAUCUCGCUGUUCUCGGCGCGGGAGGUGUGGGUGGACCACUGCGCGCUGUGGCGGUGCGCGGACGGGCUGGUGGACGCCAUCAUGGGCACGACGGCGGUGACGGUGUCCAACAGCUACUUCGCCCACCACGACGAGGUGAUGCUGCUGGGGCACAGCGACGGGUACGCGCCGGACUCCGGGAUGCAGGUCACGGUGGCGUUCAACCACUUCGGCCUCGGGCUGGUCCAGCGGAUGCCGCGAUGCCGGAGGGGCUACUUCCACAUCGUCAACAACGACUACACGGCGUGGCAGAUGUACGCCAUCGGCGGCAGCGCCUCGCCCACCAUCAACAGCCAGGGGAACCGAUACAUCGCCCCCGCCAACCCAAACGCCAAGGAGGUGACGAAACGUGUGGACACAGAGGAGGGGCAGUGGGACGGGUGGAACUGGCGGUCGGAGGGGGACAUGAUGGUGAAUGGCGCCUUCUUCGUCCCGUCCGGCGAAGGCCUGGAGGCCAUCUACGACAAGGCCUCCAGCGUCGACCCAAAGUCGGCGGCGCUCGUCGACCAGCUCACCAUGGGCGCCGGCGUCCUCGGCGGACCCAGGGACAACGGCGAAGCGGCCGCGUACGCCGGGCUCAACUAUGCCGGAUCGGCUACGGGCGGUGGAGGCGCCGGAGGCGGAGGCAACGGGUACGGCUACCUGGGGAUGGUCUACGGCAGCAGCGGCGAUUGGAGCUGCCGAUCAUGCUCGAUGCUGCGGUUGACUACUUUGGUUCUUGCUCUGAUAUGCUUGCACCCACUGUAAAACUUGAUUCAGAUUAUCAUGAUUCAGUAGGGAAAGGUAGGAAAAGGAGGAGAAAAGUAGCGGAAAGUUGACAUUAGGGAGAUAGGAAGCAGCAGUAGAUAUACCCCAUGCCCAUGUACCAGCACAUGGGAAUGGGUGAGGAAAUAUUCAAGCUAGUGUCAGUGUGGCUGUUACGAAUGAGAAUAGAUGAUUCACUGAUUCA